ACCUUGUGUUCACACCUUACACCUCCACCUACAUAUAUAUAUUCUUCCUAUCUUUUCCUUCUCUCUCAUCUUUUCCCUCUCUCUCUACCCCCCUCUCUCCUCCAUAGCCAAAAUUACCAUACCCUCUUCUUCUCUUCUUACACGACUUUGCAACAUAUAGCAUCACUAGAAUCUAUCUUUUGCUUUUGUUUUUUUAUUCAAUUUCAAUGGAUGGUCAUCAUCUCCAUCAUCAUCAACAACAUCAACAACAACAACAACAUCAACAACAUCAACAACAUCAUCAACAACAACAAAGACAACAACAACAACAACAUCAACAACAUGUUCAAAACAUCAUAGGAACUAGCAGCCUUAACAUGGAUGUCACAGAUAGGUUCCCUCAAUGGAGCAUCCAAGAAACAAAAGAGUUUCUCAUGAUCCGCUCCGAGCUUGAUCAAACUUUCAUGGAGACAAAGAGAAACAAACAGCUUUGGGAAGUUAUCUCUAACAACAUGAAGGAAAAGGGUUAUCAUAGAAGCGCUGAACAGUGCAAGUGCAAAUGGAAAAACCUUGUUACUCGCUAUAAGGGAUGUGAAACAAUGGAGAUAGAAGCUACAAAGCAACAAUUUCCAUUUUACAAUGAGCUUCAAGCAAUAUUCAGUGCAAGGAUGCAAAGAAUGCUAUGGGCAGAAGCAGAAGGAGGGUCAAAGAAGAAAGGACUAAUGCAUGCAUCUUCCGAGGAGGAAGAAGAGUUAGGAAAUGAAGAGAGUGAAGGAGAUCACAAGGGUGCUAACAUAGGCAAAAAGAAGAAGAAGAAGGGCAAAAUGGUGGUAGGUGGUGGAGGAAAUGAUGGUGGAAACAAUUUGAAGGAGAUUCUUGAGGAGUUCAUGAGGCAACAAAUGCAAAUGGAAGCUCAGUGGAUGGAGGCAUUUGAGGCAAGGGAGAAUGAGAGGAGGAUGAAGGAGAUGGAGUGGAGACAAACAAUGGAAGCAUUGGAGAAUGAGAGGAUGAUGAUGGAACAAAGAUGGAGAGAGAGGGAAGAACAAAGAAGGGUUAGAGAAGAAGUUAGGGCUGAAAAGAGAGAUGCAUUGAUUACUGCUCUUCUUGAUAAGCUCACAAGAGAAGAUAAGUAGAAUUUUCUUUGUAUUGUUUCAUUUUCACAUAUCAAGCAAAGGCUUAGAGUUUUUAGAGGUUUCUUCUAUGAACUUAUAAUCUUAGUUUAUUUUGGAGAUAGAUAUUUAUGAUUAUCAUUCUAGUGGUUUAGACAUUUUUUUGUUUUGUUUUGGAGUUUGGACUCUCUCUCUAGUUCUUUGCAUUUUUUUAGAAUGGUAUGACAUAAGUUAAUUUGUUUUA